AUGAGCUCCAUAUCCACAGAACUCUUCUUUAAUGAAGCCGAAUUUCGUAUCAUCAUUCCAAAUCAGCCAAAAGAAGAGAACGAAAAAGAGGAUCCUAUAGCCAUCUUGGAAGCUCAUCCGCGUGAAUUUGCAUUUUAUGAUGAGCAUUUGCAAGUGUAUCUACUAGCCCGCGUAUCUCAACAGAUUGCAGGUGCCGGCGAAGAAGUCAAAGAAGCCAUCCACUCUUUCUAUAAUCAACUGGAAGUUACAGUCGACGCCACGUUUCUCGAUUCCGUCAUGCCCAGCAACACACCUGUAAUGAACAGAUCCUCGUCUGCCACAACGCAAUCAUCGUUGAUAGGCCCAACCUCACCAAAGAUUGGGAACUUGAGCCACCAACGAAGAACCAUCAACGAAGUAGCAACACCCUUCUUUACGCAAGCAUACAACCGAAACAAUAAAAACGCAGAGUUUAUCAUUUUCGAGCAUGAGAAUAGCUUCUGCUGUCUGUAUCCUAUGGUUAUCCCUAUUGUGUACGCUAAAACUAAAUCAUCCAGCCCAGUUUUAUCCAUCAAUUCCAAUGUGCAGUACAGACCAUUACCUAUCAAGCGAGCCAGUGCACAACAACUCGACCAGAACAACACGGAUGAUUCAGAAUAUGACACCGAGCUGUUUGAAACGAUCAACUUGUUGAGUGGAUUAGCAGAUGACCCCGUAUUUUCUUCUUCUUCAAGUCAGGACCGACCUCUUCAAAGAUUCAUCAUGGAAAGCCAUACAAGACAACCCACAGGAUCCACAUCUUCAUUGACGAGCAGCGGCGGUAGCAACCUGAAUACAGCGUCAUCUCAGUUAUCCAUGAAGCGAAGUGUGCGUGAAAAUCUGGCCAUUCGAUCUGGAUUAGUGGUAAAAAUGCGUACCACCAAUGCUUCAGUAGCCGAGAAGAUGGUGAUGAUGUCUGUGGAAUUAGAGAAUCCAGCUGAAGUAGGGUGCGAGUUUCUUGUAGACCGAGUCGAAGUACAAGUCUCCAAUGCAGUAGUUUCGGCAGCAUUUAAUCAAAACAACCAAAUCCAGUUCCCUAUUGCUCUGAAUAAGAGUGAUUUGGUCGUCUUUGUAUACGAUGUGACCUUGCUGGAUGAUGGGUCCGUCAAGCCACCUACGCAACCACAGCGCAUGUUUCCAUUGAGACGACCCUUGCCUCAGCAACAAGCGCCUACCUACAACAACAACGACGACAAGAUACAACCUCAGCGUGUGUCUAUUCAAAUCGUAGGAUCUCCCAUCAUCAACGGCAAAAAGGCACUGCCUAUGCGAUCCAAGUGGAACACCAUGUUGGAUGUAUCAGGCAUGCGACAACAAAAGCGAGAAGAGAUUCCUGCACCCUUUGCCGCAGAAAAGUUUGCUUCUCCUUCCCCCAUGUCGCCGUCCAUGGCACGUUCUCAGUCUGUGCAGAGCAGCAUCUACUCGCCUGGAGCUCGAUCUGUGGUAGGCAGUCCUGGAGGACCUGGACAUCAAAUGAGCCCCUCUUUGGAGGGCGUAUUUGGCAUGAAGAAGCAGAUGAGUGUUGGAAGCACGCCUUCGACACCUUCACAUCUCAGAGAAUUUGGCGGAAGGCGUGCGCCUGAACGAGAAAUUGCAGAUGGUAUUGUUGUUUCGUUUACUGUGCCUGACGCUAUUCAAGUUGGAAAGACGUUCCCUCUUCACAUCUUCAUUGUCAACCGAUCAAAGCAUACAAGACGAUUCCAAGUGAUGAUACCCAACCGAAAGAGACACCCUAGCGAAGUGUAUGGCCAUACUAUGAAGACGACGUUGCCGCCUUUACCGGUAGAACAACUGCCCAUUGAUCCCUACAUGGAUGAAGCAGAAUUCCUAAAGCAAUACUUUGAAAACGAAACACAUGAAGCCGACAUCAUCUGUCUGGAGAAUAACGUUCGAUUAAGUCCUCUUGGUCCUUCCACAUCACAGAGCGUCGAUAUCCAGUUUAUUGCAGUGAAGGAGAAAUUGCAUACAAUUGAUCUGGUUCAACUUGUAGAUCAAGACACAGGUUUUGUUACCAACUUGCGUCAUGUGCUCGAAGUGUAUGUUGAGCAGCAGCAGAAUCAGCAGCAAUAA